GUUUCUGCAAACAUGCAGACUGUUAAUGAGUGAACAGCGGUUGUGUGGUCUAGUUACUGCUUCAGCUAUUUCACAGCAGAAGGGUGCAAUUCAGGUGUGGGAAGCUCAGAGUCGUACCGACACUUCAGUAAAAUGUCAGCAGUAAAAGUUGAGCUUGUUCAUAAUUACGACUGUCAACUUGGUGAAGGUCCACACUGGGACGACCAAACGCAGACGCUACUGUUUGUUGAUAUCGACAACUCAGCUAUACAUCGAUGGAACCCUGCCACGAAACAAACUAAAACAACGAUCGUAAAAGACUCUUCUAUCGGAGCCGUUGUCCCGCGAAAAUCUGGUGAUUUAAUGAUCGCUGCAGGACACAGGUUUGCCUCCUGGAAUGAGAACACGGGUGAGAGCGAAACGUUUAAAGAAGUAAACCUUGAAUUUCCAACGAGUCGAUUCAACGACGGAAAAUGUGACCCGGCCGGCAGAUUCUGGGCGGGUACCAUGGGAAGGGAAAAAGUUGCUGCUUCUCCCGACCGAUUGCAAGGCAAGCUUUAUUGUCUCGACAUUGAUCAUUCCGUAAAGACAAAGGUUUAUCCGGUAGAUAUUUCCAAUGGUCUUUCAUGGACGAGCAAUACAAUGUACUACUGCGACUCGUUGAAGCUUACGAUAGACGCUUACGAUUACGAUGUAACCACGGGCGAAAUAAAAAAUAUGAGGGAAGUUGUGAAGUUUGAUCGUGAGAAGGAAGGAGUUCCAGAUGGCCACUGUAUUGACACCGAUGGUAACUUAUGGGUGGCAAUGUUUUUCACCGGCCAAGUGAUCAAAGUUGACCCGAGGACAGGAGAGAAGCUGCAAUAUGUGAAAGUAAGCGACAUCGCUCUCAAAACAACGUCGGUAUGUUUCGGAGGUCCGAACUUGGACGAAAUGUACGUCACGUCGGCAAGGAACAAGCCGCUGAUAGAACCGACGGAAAACGGCAUUUCAGGAGCACUGUUUAAGAUUACAGGCCUUGGCGUACGAGGACCCCCAGCAAAUGUGUACGAAGGAUGAUUAUUAACAGAAUUUUGAACUAUUUUUGUUAAUUUCUGAAAUAAAUUGCAAUUACGAUUUUAACGCGCAG